AUGAUUGUUUUAUGUUAUUUCUUAUUUCUAGGAGGUUUAUCAGAUAAUAGUGAAUUAUCUGAUGAUCAAGAUGAAGGCUCAAUAUCUUCAUCAUCAUUAACAAUUGUACGAAAAAAAAGUCGAAAUCCAACAUCAUCAUUACGUACAGCAUUAACAGGAAAUUUUCAUAAUACAUCAAGACGAUUUGAAUCAAAUGAUCAAUUAAAUAGUGGUACAGCUUCAUCAUCAUAUACAAGUGGACAUCAUGUAGAUGAUGAUAAACGACGAUAUCAAUGUUCAACAUGUUCAAAAAAAUUUAAACAUAAACAUCAUUUAAAAGAACAUGAAAGAUUACAUACUGGAGAAAAGCCAUAUACGUGUGAUAAAUGUGGAAAACGAUUUAGCCAUUCAGGUUCAUAUUCUCAACAUAUCAAUCAACGCAACAAAUAUUGUCGACCUGAUCAAGCUGAUACAGAAUUCGAUUAA